AUGGUAAAAUGGAAACCAGAAGCAGGAAUAUCCCAACACGCAGAUGCGAGGAACUUGAAGAAUGCAAAACAUCACGACGAAGAUGUGAAGAAGCCGGCGUCCUUUCUCGGGGACAGCUCCGGAGGGUUGGGUGUAGGCGGUCUCGGAGGAGGGUACGGCGGCGGUGGAGGCGGAGGAUACGGAGGAGGAAUCGGCGGCGGAGGACUGGGAGGAGGAAUUGGAUCAGGCUAUGGGGGAGGCAUAGGAGGAGGCAUAUUCAAGGGAAUCGGAGGGUACGGAGGGAUCGGAGGAGGAAUUUACAAGGGCUUUGGAGUGGGAAUCGGUGCCGCCGGUGGCGUCGGUGGCGUUAUCGGAGGCAUGAAGCAUGUUGACGCAAAUAAUAAGCAGCCUUGA